AUGGCGAAGCCCCCGGCGGCGGCGGCGGCGGCGGCGGCGGCGUCGGAGGAGCUGAGCCAGGUGCCGGACGAGGAGCUGCUGCGCUGGAGCAAGGAGGAGCUGGCGCGGCGGCUGCGGCGCGCGGAGGGCGAGAAGGUGGGCCUCAUGCUGGAGCACGGCGGCCUGAUGCGCGACGUGAACCGGCGGCUGCAGCAGCACCUGCUGGAGAUCCGCGGCCUCAAGGACGUGAACCAGCGGCUGCAGGACGACAACCAGGAGCUGCGCGAGCUCUGCUGCUUCCUCGACGACGACCGGCAGAAGGGGCGCAAGCUGGCGCGCGAGUGGCAGCGCUUCGGGCGCCACGCGGCCGGCGCGGUGUGGCACGAGGUGGCCCGCUCGCAGCAGAAGCUGCGCGAGCUCGAGGCGCGCCAGGAGGCCCUGCUGCGCGAGAACCUGGAGCUCAAGGAGCUGGUGCUGAUGCUGGACGAGGAGCGCGCGGCGCUGGCGGGGGGCGGGGGCGGGGGCGGCGCGGGCGGCGGCGGCGGCGGCGCGGGCUCCCGCAGCUCCAUCGACAGCCAGGCCAGCCUGAGCGGGCCCCUGGCCGGCGGCGCGGCGGGCGCGGGGGCCCGCGACGUGGGCGACGGCAGCAGCACGUCGAGCGCGGGCAGCGGAGGCAGCCCGGACCACCACCACCACGUCCCGCCCCCGCUGCUGCCCCCCGGGCCGCACAAGGCCCCCGACGGCAAGGCGGUCGCCACGCGCAGGUCCCUGGACGACCUGUCGGCGCCACCGCACCACCGGAGCAUCCCCAACGGCCUGCACGAUCCCUCGUCCACCUACAUCAGGCAGCUGGAGACCAAGGUGAGGCUGCUGGAGGGUGACAAGCCCCUCGCACAGCAGGCAGGCUCUGGAGAGUUCCGGACUCUGCGGAAAGGCUUCUCCCCGUACCACUCGGAGUCCCAGCUGGCGAGCCUACCACCCUCCUACCAGGAGUCCCUGCAGAACGGCCCAGCCUGCACGGUGCCUGAGCUGUCCUCGCCCCCCUCCGCCGGCUACUCCACAGGACAGAAGCCGGAGGCUGUCGUGCACGCGAUGAAGGUCCUGGAAGUGCACGAGAACCUGGACCGGCAGCUCCAGGACAGCUGUGAGGAGGACCUGAGUGAGAAGGAGAAGGCCAUCGUCCGAGAGAUGUGCAACGUGGUCUGGCGGAAGCUGGGGGACGCGGCCAGCUCCAAGCCCUCCAUCCGGCAGCACCUGUCUGGGAACCAGUUCAAGGGGCCUUUGUAGGGCCGCUCGUCCGGGGACGUGACUGGCCCCGCGGGGCGCCCGGGCCGAGCCGCCCUGUGGAGAGUUGUACAUAGGACGCUGCGCGGCCGCCGGGCCACCUCCACCACAGCAGCCCGCGGGGGGCCCCCGUCCCCCGAGCGGAGCGGCCCCACGGGCAGAGGCCGAAGGCCACCCUGAGACGCCGGGCGGCCUGGGCGAGGGGCGCCCCACCAAGCCUUCCACCCCCGCUGCCACCCGCUCCGGACAGAGCGCCGACAGCGCACCGACGCGGGGGCGCCACUCCUCGCCCCCCUGCCGCGGCCCGAACGCCCCCUUGCUGGGCCCCGGGUCCCGAGUCGCUGGCGCGGACGCGCUCGGGGUCUGUGGCUGGCGGAGGCUCCGGGGCCCUUCCUCUGGCACCCCCGUACCCAGCUCCCUGCUGCAGGCUGCCGCUUGGUUUGGGGCUCUUGCCCCCAGCGCCUCACGCACGCUCGCUGCACCAGCCCCCCCACCCAGUGCAGUUGUGCCCUGUCUCUUGGGGCCUCCUGCCCAGUGCCUGAAGCAUCCCGUUCCCGUGGCUCACGGUGGGCCCGGGAGGUAGGAGGCGGUGUGGAGGGUCUCCGGGCUGAGCCCCGCUCUCUCCGCCCACGUGUGGGCAGCACUGGGCACGCUGGGCCUCUGGUGUCCCCCGGGGCCUGGCCCCAGCAGGGGCCCUGCGGCCGGAGCUGCGUGGGCUGGGGCGGGGGCUGGCUGGGUGACCUUCAGCGGGGCGCUCGGCCUCUCCAGGCCGCCUGGUGGGAGAACGAGGUCUCGGGCUCCUUGGGCCGAGCUCACCCCCCGGGGCCACCGGCUUGGUCACAGCACGCGGGCCCACACGGUCCACCUGCUGCAGAGGCGCUGUUGGCCGGGCCGGAUGGAGCUGGGGACCCUGUGGCCUCCUCAUAGGUGCUGUCCCCUCUCCUCUCUGAGCCUCAGGGUCCUCCACUGGAGGAGGGACAGCAUCAGGCCCUCCUCGCAGGGCGCGGGAUCCGAGACCCGCGGUGUAGAUGCCCGUGUACAAACUGUAGAGUGCGAUAGAGGAACAGUGAAGUUGGUGAGGAGAGUGAGGCCCAGAGGGUCAGUGAGCGGUGGCGCGUUAUGGACGAGCUCCCGGACGCUGGGAAGUGGGGCAGGUCACCGUUAGUGCUGUGGGUGCCACUGGGGCCCACAGGCUUCCUCCGCUGUCAGUGGUGCCCAGCUCCGUGCCGCAAGCACUUGCAGAGCCCGGGGGCCGCCUCUGCGGUGGGCAGGCCUCGUCCAGGCCCUUGUGAGGGACGGGGGCCAGGCGGGGGGGUGCGGGGGGCCAGCCUGCACCUGGAGUCCCAGCGGGACCAUGUGGUUGCUGCCACCUGUUGGCCGUCGGCGCCCUUGGGUCAUACGCUCUCAGGGGAAAGGCUCACAGCCCUCACUGUGCCAGGGAGUGCUAAGUGGGUGCUGGUGACGGCGACAGGCAUGUCCGCUUGUCCCGCGUGUUAGAGGGAGCUCUGGGCUCUUCCUGGAGGGGACUUGCCAGCAGGUCAGGUGCGAGCUCCUUGUCGCGAGGGGUGUGCAUUUGAGGCUGGGGGAACCCCCUUGGUCAUGUACCAGGCAGUUCCUGCCCUAGUGGGCAGUGAGCUGGCGGGGAGCGGCGGAGGCCCCCCCGGAUCUUGGAGUCCAAAGAACCCCAGAGCAGCCCGAGCGAUGAUGGGUCCCGUUUUGGGCGGAAGCCACAUCCGGGAGCCCGUGUGUCAUGUCUGGAUCAGGUUGGCUCGGCCACCGCUGAACCUAAGCAAUAAGUAAGGGCUCCUGGUAUCUGUGGGUCUCCUGCAGACUGAGCCAGGGAACAGCUCCCAAGGGACCUUCCCGGCCUCCCCGGCCCUCCUGCGGCGGCGCAUCCGGGGCUCAGGAGCGCUUCUGCCCCGACCCUCCUGUGUGCCAUGGAGGCAGCAGGGCCAGGUGCCACCUCUCCUUCCCACCGCUGCUCGCAUUCCUGAGCCGACUGCCCGGGGUGGCUUUCUGGGGCAGAGCUGUACCUGUGACAGUCAUCUAACAGAAUAAGCUGUCAAAAAAACAAAAACAAAACAAAACAGAAAAAAGCCAGCAGCGCCUCUGACCGGACGCGCCAGGCGGUGGGUGGGUGUGGUGGGAGCCCACGGGCCGGGUGGGCCAGGGGCCGGGCCAGCAAGCACCCCAGUGAGUGUGUAGGGGAUGGGGGGCCUCCUCCCCUCUGGAGCCUCAGCUGCAGCAGCACACGGUGGGGCGGGGUGUCGCUCAGCCCGGUGCCCUUUCAUAAAGGUCCCUUUACGUUUCAUACGCUCUGAUUCCAGAUCUUGAAGCCCAGUGUGACAUCUACUGCGGCUUCAGUUCCCACUGUGAUGGAUGUCACCCUUCCAGCCUCACCCCAGGCGGCCAGGGCCAGCCUGGGAUCAGAAUCUGCUGAGCACAUUUUUUAGGGUGGCACGUUUUUAUCCAAAAGUUAUUAGCUACACAUCAGUGUUUAAAGAGAAAAAAGUGACCUUUUUUUUUUUCUUGGAAACUUGAGAGGAAACAAAAUACAUACUACUGAUUUUUUUUUUUUUUUUUUUUAAGAAACAAGCUAAAUGCAUGACUGCAGAGCGGUAGAGGUGUAUAUUUUUCAUACUGUGGGGAGAAGUAUUUGUGCUGCUUUCUGGAAUUGGGCUGGAACGUCUGGUUCCCGGCCCCGGGCCGUCAGCCAUGCUGUUUUCCUGUGGUGGGUGACCACCGUGAGAACCGGGGCCAGCCCCUCCCUGGCUCUAGGUGUGCCCGUUUCUACCUUCCACUGAACCACUUUGAUUUGGGGAGAGAAAAAGAACUUUUGAUAGUGUGGUAAAAACAUUGAUUUGAACUAUUUUAGUAAAAGGAGUAACAGAAGAUUGUGAUAGUGUAUACUUUGCGCUAGAUAAAUAAAGGCUCUUUGCAAGCCUC